AUGGAGCCAGCGAGGAAGAGGAGGACUUCCCCUGUGUGGGAACACUUUGAUUUGAUAACUCCUAACAAGGUAUGCUAAAUCCAACAUUUUUACAGACGCAUAAUUUUUGCUUAUUAAGAAAUAUUUUUCACGGUUUCUUAUUUUAUUCAAAGGUGAGGUGUUUACUGUGUUCCAAGGAGUUGGGGUACAAUAACAACACCUCAUCCAUGCUAAGGCAUUACCGUGCCUUGCAUGAGAAUAAGGAGGGAACUGGAGCUUCAUCUAGCCAAG